GGCGGCGCCGGGGCGCGGGGGAGCCGCCGCCUGAGCCCCGGGGCCUGCCGCCUCGGACCCCGCGGCGCCGAGCGAGCUCAGUGCUGAGUGUGCGAGAGACCGGGUCACAGCUCUCUUCCUCCCCCCCAGAUCUCACGCACACACUUCUCCAGCCCCGGAAGAUGGGGAACUGCCUCAAAUCCCCGACCUCGGAUGACAUCUCCCUGCUUCACGAGUCUCAGUCUGACCAGGCUAGCUGUGGGGAGGGGACGGAGCCAGAUCAGGAGCCGCCGCCGCCAUAUCAGGAACAAGUUCCCCUUCCCUUCUAUCAUCCAACACCCAGCCAGACUAGGCUAGCACCUCAGCUGACUGAAGAGGAACAAAUUAGAAUAGGUCAAGGAGGAGGCCUUAUACAGCAGCAUCUGCCUAAAGGAGUUGAGGACAUCCCUGGAAGAGAUGGAUCAGAAAAAAAGAUCCGAGAGUGUGUGAUCUGUAUGAUGGACUUUGUUUAUGGGGACCCAAUUCGAUUUCUGCCGUGCAUGCACAUCUAUCACCUGGACUGUAUAGAGGACUGGUCCUUGAUGAGGUCCUUCACGGGCCCCUCCUGCAUGGAGCCAGUGGAUGCAGCCCUGCUUUCAUUCUAUGAGACUAAUUGA